CCUCCUUCCAUCUACAGUUCGCGGUGACAGGGAGCGCGAGGAGGAGCUACGGGAGCAUGCUGGGCUCAGAGGACCACGCGGAGGAGACAAACGGAACCGGAAUGAAGCGUCCAUUCAAUCCAGUUGAUGAAGGCGAGGCUUUGAGUGACGGAACUACACUUGAUGGUGCAGAGUUUACAGGACUUGGAGCCCUGCUGCCAGAGGCUCGUCCAAAGCGGGAGCGGAAACAUAGAUCAUAUACGCUUUGUGAAGUGUGUAACAUUCAGCUCAACUCUGCCGCACAAGCACAGAUACACUACAAUGGCAAAACUCACCAAAAGAGACUGAAACACUCGAACAGUGGGAGCACAGGUACGGCAGCUCAGGGCAGCCCCCUGCUGGCUGCGCUGCCCGUGCAGGGUCGUCCACUACAGACGCCUAUGGACCUCAAGAACUUCCUGCCAUUCAGGCUCAAUGGCUCCUCCCCCCUCAGCCUCUUCCCUAACUUCAAUACUAUGGACCCUGUACAGAAGGCUGUUAUUAAUCACACCUUUGGCGUUCCUCAGAAGAAGAAGCAGGUUAUCUCCUGCAAUAUCUGCCAUCUCCGCUUCAACUCCACGAAUCAGGCUGAAGCGCAUUAUAAAGGUCAUAAACAUACUCGUAAAUUGAAGGCUUUGGAGGCUCAGAAGAACAAGCAGCACAGACGACAGCUUGAGCACUCACACGGCCGAGAGAGAGAGAAGGAGAGAGAGAGGGACAGAGGGAGAACGAGUGCACCUGAGCCUCUCCCGGCCCUUCUGGAGCCCUGUGCGAUGGAAGCAUCCACUCUGCUCUGUGACUCAGACUCUGUGGUGAAGCUGGAUGAUGCUCAGUCCAGCUCAGUCAUCCUCACUCCGGUGUCUGAGGUGUCAUCGGCAGACGUGCCGGUCUCUCCCCCCUCUCAGCACUCAGAUGGCCCACAGGAAGCUGCCUCCGGCCCCAGUGAGACAGUCCCCCAGCGAGAUGGCCCUGCAGGAGAGGCCCCGGCGGAGAAAGAACCCAGGAGGAACAGACAGCACCUCUACUGUCCUGUCUGCAAAGUGACCGUCAACUCAGUCAAUCAGCUAGAGGCCCACAAUAGUGGCACUAAGCACAAACUGAUGCUGGAGGGACAGAGUGUCUUGCCACGACGACGUGGGAAGGUGCUGUCCUCCCGUGCCACAUGCAAAAGCAAGAGAUUGGCCAACAAAGGCAGCAUGGGCGUGGCCAACAAGAGCUUCCAUUGUGAAGUGUGUGAGAUCCAUGUCAACUCUGAGACCCAGCUUAACCAGCACAUGAACAGUCGCAGACAUAAAGACAGAUUGGCAGGAAAACCCCCAAAGCCUAAAUACAGUCCACACAGCAAGAGUCCACCUACCUCCGGAGUAUCGCAGAGUGUCAGGUGGAAUGGCUAUGCAGGAGGGGCUGUGUCAGCCAUGAAGAAAGUCUUUAACCAAUACAGUCUCACCUCUUUGUCUUCACAGACCAAGCUGGCUCUGCAGAAGCAGUUGACUAAAAAUUUGACGACCAGCUUCCUUCCCACCCAUAUAACUCCGCCCACUCUGUGCACAGUGGCGGCCAAUCCCCUUACACUGCGACACCCUGCCGGUGCCGCCUUCAUUCAGACACCGAUCUUAGGCCCCACCCUCUUUCGGCCUGCUCCAGGACCACUCCGGGCCACACACACACCUGUUAUCUUCUCUCCUUAUUGAAGUAUGCAUAGAAAUACUAGCACACGCACACAUAUUCAUGGUGUGAACAUAGCGUUGCUGACAUAAUGAAAUCUUAUAUCCCUGAAAUGGUAAUUUCAUA